AUGUCAUCAUCGUUAAGAGAACAUCCACCUUCCACAUAUUUCAUCAAGUUUGAGAGUCUGGCACAACUCAACGAUGACAAGUACGAAUGUAGUCUUUUCAAUGCCGGCGGCUACAACUGGAGAUUGGUGAUAUAUCCAAAAGGAAACGCAAAAGACGAAGGGGAUGGAUUUAUUUCAAUGUAUGUGGAGCUAGAUAACACAACCCUCUUGUCAACACCACUAACUGAUGUGUAUGCAUAUCUCAUAUUCUUUGUCUACAACAAGAAAUCAGACAAAUACUUUACUAUUAAAGAUUGUGAAGUUAAGCGGUUCAAUGCAUUGAGAACGGUGUGGGGAAUGUCUCAAGUUGAUCAAUGUGAAUUUGGUGUUGAUGUAUUGGUUGCUCCAUCCCUUCCUAAAUGGGAAGUCGUGUCCUUUAAUCAGAAAACCCCUAAUCCCAAAUUCGUGUGGAGUCUCAAGAAAUUUAAAGAGCUUAAAGCGGCUUCUUACGACUCGCAAAAAAUUUUGGCAGGAGGAAGGCAAUGGUUUUUAAAGUUGUACCCGAACGGCGAUGCUAGAGCCAAAGGCAAGUGGAUAUCCAUUUAUUUGUAUUUAAGUGACGUUGAGACACUCAACGCAAAGGAGAAAAUCUACACGCGAGCAGAUGUCAGAAUUGUAGAUUCUCGUGGAACCACUCAUUACGUGUUUGGGAAACUUAACUCGUGGUACACAAAGCUAAACUCAGGAUUAGGUUGGUCUACAUUUGUGUCUUUAGAUAAAGUUCGGGAGGCGUACUUGGAUAUUGAGGGCUCUUUGAAUGUAGAGGUUGAAUUUGCAGUUGUUUCUACCACCAAAUACUCUCCCAGUAUCUAA